GGUCCCUCCAAGCUGACUGCCAGAGUUCCCCCAGUCACGUGCAGUGAGGACACAACCAAGCCCCUCUAAUGGUGAUGUAUACUUAAGCUGAUAUAUCUAGAUACUAAGCUGUUUUGAAGUGAAUGCAUGCAACUACUUAAUGAGAGUUAAGCUUACUCUGCAUUGGGUCCCCUUGUGGACAAUAAAGUUUUUUUUUUCCCCUGAAAUUGCCACAGGAACUUUGCACAAUGUUUAAAAGGAAUAAGAAACAGAGUGAUGAUGCCAUCAUUCCCGGAUGGGAAGAUGAGCCAUAUGCAGUGAUUGCCAGGGAAUGGGCCCGUUCUGCUGGCAAAUGCAAUGAUGAAUGUGAUAAAAGUGAAGUUCUUAGGAAUUCAGUGGAACAAAGGACACAGGGAGAUCCUUCCUAAAGCUAAGCAGAAAGUGCUAGAGUUUCAGACUCCUAAAAAUAAGAAGCAAGCUCAAAGCUUUAUAGGUCUCUUUGGGUUUUGGAGACAGCACAUACCACAUCUAAGUCAGAUACUCGCCCCUUUGUACAAAGUAACUAGGAAAAAACGUAAUUUUGAGUGGGGAGAAGAGCAACAGACUGCAUUUGAGGGAGCUAAACAGGCUAUCCAACAAGCCCUUGAUCUAUGGCCCAUACAAGAUGGAGACAUAGACUUAAACGGAUCAGUGAAUCAGCAAUGGGCUAACUGGAGCCUUUGGCAGAAACAAGGAAGGACUAAGGUUCCCCUUGGUUUCUGGACCAGGAAGUUAAAAGAGGCAGGAGAAAGGUACACACCCUUUGAGCGACAGCUUUUAGCCUGUUAUUGGGCCUUGGUGGAUACUGAACAAAUGACAGUAGGACAUACAGUGUUCUUACGCCCAGAGAUACCUAUCAUGCAAUGGGUACUUAGCUCCCCCAAGACACAUAGGAUAGGUCAUGCACAAGAGUCCAGUAUCAUAAAAUGGAAAUGGUACAUACAGGACAGAGCUAAGACUGGAAAUAGUGGUACGGCUGUACUACAUGAGAAAAUUGCAGAUGCACCAGUACAAGAACCUAGCUAUCUGCCAGAAACAGGCCAGCCAGGGGAAUCUCCAGUAAAGUGGGGAAAGUCUUUUGCGCAACUGACACAAGAUCAAGCAAAGCAUGCUUGGUUUACUGAUGGUUCAGCAAAAUACAUUGGUAAUGAGAGACAGUGGAAAGCAGUGUCUUACAUUCCUGAAACCAAGAAAAUACUGACUACCACAGGAACAGGGAAGAGUAGUCAGUAUGCAGAGUUAUAUGCAGUGUUUCAGGCUCUGAAACAAGAAAUGCCUGGAAGCUGUCAUAUAUACACAGAUUCUUGGUCUGUUGCCAAUGGAUUGGCUGCAUGGUUGCCUACGUGGCAAUCCCAUCAGUUCAUGAUUCAUACAAAAGAAGUCUGGGGAAAAGAUUUGUGGGAGCAGAUAUGGGAGAUGGUACAGCAAAAUGAGGUAACAGUCUUUCAUGUUGAUGCUCACUGUAAUGCUGACUCAUUGGACCGUCUGUUUAACUCUGUUGCAGACGAGAAAGCCAAGAUCUCAGAAGCGUCUAUUGAAAAUUCUCACUCACUUUUGGGAUUGGCUGCUUGGGCCCAUCAGAAAUGUGGACACUUGGGAGAGAAAGCCACUCACAGGUGGGCACAACAACGAGGCAUUUUAGUGCCACUUGAUCUAAUUAAGACAGUAAUCUUGCAAUGUCCAGUGUGUCAGCAUGAACAGAAUAGGCAUGUGCCAGGGAUGGUACAAGGUCAAAUAAAAAGAGGAAAAGCCCCAGGGCAAAUAUGGCAGGUGGAUUACAUAGGUCCACUUCCUAUGAGUAAAAAUUGUCAAUAUGUAUGCACGGCUGUGGAUACAUAUUCAGGGUAUUUAUUGGUCCACCCUUGCAAGAGGGCUACCCAAAUAAAUACUAUUAAAAUGCUGGAAACCAUAAUACAAUACUAUGGUCUUCCAUUACAAAUUCAGAGUGACAAUGGAAGCCACUUUAAAGGAAAACUGGUACAAGACUUUUGUGAUGAAAACAAUAUUGAAUGGAUAUUUCAUAUACCCUACUAUCCUCAAGCAGCUGGUCUGAUUGAAAGAAUGAAUGGGUUAUUGAAACAACAAUUGAGAAAACUUGGUGAAGGGACCAUGCACAAAUGGAGAGAUAACUUGCCUACAGCUGUAAACAUAUUGAACAAUAGGCCACUCUCAGACCAUGACACUCCCCUCACUAGAAUGAUUGCACCCAAUAUACAAGCUAAACCUUAUGUAACAAGCAACACCAUCACAUAUUGGGAAAUAGAAGAGGGAGCUCUGGCACCAUACAGGGCUACCCCAGAGGCCGCAGGGAUAGACUUGCGAGCCAGAAAAGAAGAAAGACUUCAAAUAGGGCAAGUUCAGAUGUUCCCCACAGGUAUAGGAAUACAAAUACCCCCGGGACACUUUGGACUAAUUGCACCUAGGUCUAGCCUCGCCCUUAAAGGGAUACACGUAAUGGGAGGGGUUAUAGACGCAGAUUAUCAAAGAGAAAUAAAGGUCCUUCUGUUAAAUCAGGGACCACAAGACUUGCUAGUGCAAGAAGGGGACAGAAUAGCCCAAUUGGUUUUCAUCCCCAUUUACCAGGGACAGGUACAUAAAGGAACGGCCCCCACCUUACAAACAGUAAGAGGAGAUAAGGGAUUUGGCUCUACUAACCUAAAUCCAGGGGCCAAAGUCUGGGUGAGGACUGAGAAAGGUCCCCCAGAACCAGCAGACAUUAUUGCAACAGGCAAUGACAACACUGUGAUACUCUCCAGGUCAGGACAAGAUAAAUGGGAAUACGUGCCUUCGGCCAAAUGUUAUUUGAGAGAGUAAGAUGAGUUGUAUCUUUACAGGCAAAGCUCAUUGGUCCGGCUGUUAUUGUGAUGACUGCGCUUACUCUACACCCUUUGGUCGGUUCAGAUACCAGCAACGAGAUUGGAGGUUGGGACCAGAGUGAUUCCGCAGAAAUGAAGUGGAAAGAGAUCGAGAUACGAGUAACCUGCCUGACUAAUGACUGUCCAAACAUAAGGGCAAGCCUGUAUGGAGAAGGCUAUUUUAGCCACAAUGACACUGAGGCGAUGAACUAUAUUAAGCUGCCGCAUGAAUCAUUUGAUAUGUUGACGCUAGAAUCUGCAACACCUUUUGGCUGCCGCAUACUAUUUACACAUAUUGACUCUAAUAUUACUUUAGAAGAGCUUACCCAAUAUUGGGUAGGUUACGCAAAUCAGCAAAGCACAAAGCGAACAUACACUAUUGUAGAGAAUAGUGGUGCAACCUACUGCUGCACUAACAGCACCCCUGAUACCUUAUGGUAUUUACUUUUUAAAAAUUCAAAGGACAUCCAUGACGACUUGUUCUGACACCCCUAAAUCAGACAGACACCUCUCGCCUUGGGAAGAACACAAUCACUUUAUUAAGGCAGCAGCUAAUGUAUAUAAGAGCUUAGAUUUAUGUAAGCCAUGUUGGGUGUGUGGCCAUACGCCACAUGCUCAUGACAGAGGGUACCCCUAUUUCCCUAAAGUAUUGACGAAAAAAGACUUGUUGUACAUCAUCAGACAUAAUGUUGGUUUUUACUUUCUAAUAAGCAAUGACACAAGUGAGGUCCCCAAGAUCUUCUUAAGUGAAGAUACUAGGGACAGACCAGGUGCAGUUAAGCUGCGCAUGGGGGAAUGGGAAUACCCUGACGACUUAGAAGAAGUAGUGACUAUUAAUGUUUACCAAAAAUACUACACUGACCCUAGCUACCAACCGAACGUCCAAUCUAGCAGUUAUGUAAAUACCAUGGCAUUAUCCCCUUUUUACACAGCAUGGAGUUUUGACUAUUUUAAUGGGACAGAAAAUGGUGAGAAAAGAACCGAGGGCAGAUGGAAGUAUGUCCUAGGAGAAGGCGAGGCAGAGACUAUAAGUCGAUGGUGGCAUAAAAUAGUAGGUACAGGAGUGUUUAGUACUUAUUUUAAAUUUAAACGUUCUAAUGUAAGCUGUAUAAAUCACCCCAUUCCUUCAAGAGGAUUUUAUUGGCUUUGUGGGAGAUGGGCUGAUAAAAAACUCCCAUGUAAAAUGAAAAUUGAUUGUACCUUGGGAAUGGUGAUGCCCGCCAUUUACCCUACUAAAACUUUACCUGAAAACACCCAUCAGCAUUGGCAAAAGCGAGACACCGAUUUAUCAGGAUUUAAAAUGAACAGAAACAUGCAGUUUUGGGUCUCUCUCUUUCCAAUGGUGGGGGUGGGAAUGAUGAUAACUAAUUUAAAUCUUUUAAUUGAUACUAUUGACGAUGCCUUUAAUAGCACAGGAUUUGCUAUCAGUUUGCUUAAUUAUGAGCAAGAACAGAUCAGACAGGUAGCUUUGCAGAACAGAAUAGCCUUAGAUUACUUGCUUGCAGCAGAAGGAGGAGUAUGCAAAAGAAUAGGAGGCAAGGCAUGUUGUGUGUGGAUAGAAGAUAAAUCAGGGAAAGUUAAGCAUGAGCUUCAGCAUUUAGAAGAAAUACAAAAACGCUUUAGGAAACCACUAACCACAGACGACUUGGAACACUGGCUAGCUAAUACUACACGAGACUUUGACUGGACAUUUGGUAUAGGAUCAUGGAUAGGAGGACUUGGGAUGAAAAUAUUAAAGGGAAUUGUGUGGUGUGUUUUUAUUAUACUUUGUAUUUACCUAUGCUACAAACUUACCAUUUGCUGCAUUCAAAGAGUGGCUACAUGUAAAACAAAUGCCAGCAUAGAUUUAGAAGAGUGACAAAUGUUUUUAUAGAUAGACUAGAUGCCCUUAAGAUUAGAGAUAAGCGGGAAGAGGCAUGUCCUACGGGUGACCCUCGACUCGAAGAGCUUUAUUGCAUGAAUUGGUUCCAGGUGUGAAUGGGACAAUAUGGGGAUCAGCGGGAAAAUGGGCUUGCCCCCUACUGAUAACCUGAAUGGCAUGCGUAAAUGUGUAAGGUUUUGCUCACUUAGUGAUCAAGGGAUGGAAUGUGAUAAUUGUGAUAAAAUCCAAUUAACUAAUUAAGAAUGAUUGAUCACUAAUGAGCAAAUUAAUCUAUCAUAGAUAGUUAAGAUGGCACUUGGCUUAAACUGUGUCGCACUAAGAAAUUCAACAUUGCCUGGAAUAUUCCAUAGCAUGUCUGGCCAAUAUCCAAAAAGGCCUACGUGCUGAACAGAGGGAAUUGGUGCCAACAAAUGUAUGGAGAGAUAAGAGUAGG